AGAGGAAUUCAUUCAGAAUAAUUUGACUUGGUCAAUUGGUUAAGAUGGUAAUUAGUCAUAUAUAUGUAUUGGGUGGCGUAUCAUCAUCAUCAUGGCAGCACGUAGCAAACCACCAAAAUUUAACGCACUUCAUUUUAAAGUACUGUUUGUAUUCCUAGCAAUUGGAACUCAAUUUGCUAUAAUGUCUGCAAUAGUUCCAAUCGUGCCAGAAAUGCUGGAUGUCGCAGUUCAUGGAAUGUAUCUAAAAUCACAGAACACUACGUCGAUAUUUUCAACCGAAACUACUGUAGAUAUCGUGGGUCUGUUUGCAACACCCUAUGUCAUAUCAAUUUCGUUGAGUCCCAUAUUUGCCUACAUCACAGAUGCGUUUGGGACAGAGAGACCGCUGUUUUUUGGAAUGAUGUCGCUUCUGAUUCAGACUUUAAUAUUCGCUUUCUCAAGAAAUAUAUACUGGUACAUACUUGGUGAUAUUUUUUUAGGAAUGUCGCUUUGUUGCUUGACUAUAUCAGGUAUUUCUUCUAUACUGGCUCCUUUUUCAGAUAGUGGCGUUCGGCUACCUAUUAUCGCAGUUUUACAAGUCUUGUAUAGUGUUAAAUUUUUCGGACCAUCUUAUGCUGGAUUACUUUAUGAAGAACUCGGACAGACCUGGGCGUUCUUGCCAAUAUCACUAAUGGUACUUAUCAAUAUUGCAUUAUAUUGUAUAUACUUAUAUAAAAAAGAUCAUCAUAAUAGCAACAAUACAAUAGAACCUGGUUACCAAUCUAUUGAUGAACAGGAGAAUGAAUCGAGUGAAGAACACAAGGAAAAUAAGCACGUAAUUACCAGUUUUGCAACAAUAUUGAAAGAUGUGUCAAUGUCCUCGGCUUUGGUGAUGUACACGUGCUCAAGUUUAACAAGAAGUGCACUAAUGCCAAUAAUUGCACUUUGGCUAAAUGAUCAAUUUCAUUCCAAAUUUAUUUCGCUUGUUUACGUUCCAUCUUACAUUUUACAGACGAUAGGAAUACUAAUUGCGUACAAUGUCAGUAAAAACCAGUUCGUUUGGAUCUCAAUAUGGUUUGUGAUAAUAGGGAUGUCUACAAUUCUGUUGCCUUUUUCUGAAACACUGGUCAUGGUGACUAUAUUAUAUGCGGUAUCACAAUUACUAGUGUCAAUGGUCCGAUAUUGGAUGUUUGUAAUCCUAUCUGAGAAAGGAAGGAAAAACUAUCGGCAUAUGUUCGGCCAUGUACAGGCGCUUAUAUCUCUUUCAGACGACAUAAGUAUUUUAGCGACAUUUAUCGUUUCACCAAUUUUGUGUGAGAUGUUUGGUUUCCAAAAUGUUUGUCUAUUUUUUGGACUUUGUUCAUUUGCAUUUGUUUCCAUAUCUAUACUUAAUCAUUAUAUUCAAAGUUCCAAUGAUGACAACUUUGAUGUAUAGUCGUAUAGUCAUAUAGGCCUAGUAUAGCCUUCAUAGGCCUAAAGCAAUACAAACUCAAAGUAACUCAAUCGAAACUUCAAAACUUAACAAUUGAACAGCAGCUCUUUUUAAAACUAGAGUAUCUACGUGGUGCACCGCAAGGCAGUGGUGGCACCAGGACCUGCCCGACGGAGGGGCUAAAGGUCCCGACGGGGGGGGGGGCUAGUGGAGCGAUCGAGUCUCACUUGGCUGGGAGCCAGGGGCCGCCCAAGUCCCCCGGUGGGGGUCUAGGGGGCGAAGCCCCCCUGAAGCCAUGGAUAUUUGAUGAAUUAUGGCGAAUUUUUAUUAUUUAUUUGAUAUGCAUCGAGUUACUAUAUGACUUCAUGUAGGCUAUGUUUUCUAAUGUUGAAAUCA